AUGUGCUGUAUAUGGUUGGUUCUCUUUACUGCACUUUUCUCUGCAGCCAAAAUUCCAUUCGUAAGAGGACAAUCAUCGGAUAAUCUUAUCGGAAAUGAACCGGGUCUUGACUAUCAAAAACUAUUAGCUAAAUUAGAAAUUUUGGAUACUAAAAUCACUCGUGUGGAAACGGCAUCCAAAGAACAAUUUUCCCUGCUGGAAUCAAAGCUAGACAGAAUUUUUAAGCAAGUUGAAACCACCGGCUGGUCGGUGCAGUUAGUGCAGAAGGACGUCGAAUAUGUUAGAAAGGAAAUCCAACAAUUCAAAAACUAUACGCGUGAACAGUUCAACUCACUAAGUGGCAGUGCUACGAUUAUUCAAUCGUUACUUUUGGAAGGUCAGCCGAAGCCGAAAGGAGAAUCAUAUCCUGUUAAAGAUGAAUCACCGUUGCAUGGAAUAAAUCCAUUCGACAAUAAAGCGUACGAUAGUUGUGAUGUGAUAGAAAAAACUAGUUCCGAAAUUGUGAAGUUAUUACCCGAACCAGGAUUUGGUACACCAUUUUCGGUACUCUGUGAUCAAAAAUAUGAUAACGGAGGAUGGAUUGUAAUUCAGAAUCGCUUCAAUGGUUCAGUGGAUUUUUACCGUGGAUGGAAAGAGUACCGCAAUGGAUUUGGAAAUUUAAACGGAGAAUUUUGGCUUGGUUUAGAUAAGCUACACACUCUAACAUAUGCUGCUCCAUAUGAACUACAUGUACUGUUAGAUGAUUUUGAAAAUAGAACUGUAGUAGCAAAAUACUCAAGAUUUGCAGUAGGAAGUGAAAACGAGUCAUAUGCCUUGACAAAAUUAGGUGAAUACAGUGGAACCGCAGGCGAUGGACUGAGCUAUCAUCGCGAUGUAAAAUUCUCUACAAUGGAUAUGAAUAAUGACCUGGCGGGAAAUAACGGAGCAACUGAUUGGACCGGUGCAUGGUGGUAUCGACGGGGUCAUCACAGCAAUCUGAAUGGACAAUAUCUACGAGGAGCGGUUGAUUAUACUAAGUAUCAUGGAAAAGGCAUGACAUGGAACCCGUUUCGUGGAUACGAUUAUUCUUUGAAAGGAUCACGGAUGAUGAUCAAACGAAUCGUAAAAUAA